UUUUUAAUGGGAUUGCAGCCAGGGAAGGAAUUUGAGAGUUUUAAGAGGCAUUUCCAUGAGUUGAGCGCAGGGAUGCUGUCUCACCCUCUUGACCUUCCCUGGACUGCCUUUGGAAAGGCAAAAAGGGCACGGGCUGUCAUUGUUGAUUUGAUUCGUUCAAAGAUUGAGAUGCAUGGAAAUUGUAAAGGGGGUGAAGGGAGCUUUAUGGAUUUGGUGUUGUCUGCAGGGGGUGAGGGAAGCUUGGGUGAGGAGGAGAUUGCAGAUAAUUUGAUUGGGCUUUUUGCUGGUGGCCAUGACACAACCGCCUCUGCCUUGGCCACGUUGCUCAAGCAACUCGCCCUUGCGCCCCACGUGUUACAACGCCUUCGUACAGAUUGUCAAAAGCUUAGGGAUGACAAGAAGGAAGGAGAGCCUCUAACCUGGAACGACAUAAGUGGUCUGCACUACUUACGCAAUGUAAUAUCAGAAGGACUGCGCAUCGUGGCCCCCAUUAAUGGAGGUUUUAAGCAAGCCAAAACAGAUAUUGUCUACGGGGAUUAUACUAUUCCCAAGGGAUGGAAGGUUCAUUAUUCCACAAGACAGACAAACAACAAAAAAGAAUAUUUUUGCAAUCCAGAAAAGUUUGAUCCUGAUCGUUUCAAUGAGCGUCAUGAGCCAUUUUCCUUUAUCCCUUUUGGGCAGGGCAAUCGAAUCUGCCCAGGAAAUGAGUUUGCCAAGCUAGAAAUGCAAGUGUUUCUUUAUCAUUUAGUGCUGAGAUAUGAUUGGGAGUUGGUGGAGGCAGAUGAAAGGACUAUCAUGUUCUUCAUCCCUUACCCUACUCAUGGUUUGCCAUUGCUACUUAAACCUGCACCUCCAUCCUCUGCAAAUACCUGAAAAACAUUUUCACUAGAAUCCUCUGCAAUUUGGUCAUGAACAAAUUGUUUUCAUGGGUUUUUAAAUAAACGUUGAAAAUAUAGAUUUAAUGAUAGAAAUGAUGGUGAGAAAGUAUAUAAGAAAUAUCCUGUGUUCUAGACAGCUUCAAAGUCUAUAUAAGUGCAGAAUAUAUCUUGCUCUUCAGCUA